AUGUCGUGGGCGUACGACUACUCUGAUCUUCCCCCUCCGACCGACAAUCCCGCCUACCCCGAAGACUUCUAUCGCAUUGAUGCAAUGAAAGCUUUGGAAGACGAUAGAUUGGACGAGGAGGCAUGGGCGGCACGCAGAGCCGCCCUUCCACACCCCGCCAGACUUCAGCUUAUCUUGCGUGAAGGUCGUCUUAGCGACUGGGCACGUCGCUCUCGACGCAGACCUAAGAAGCAGCUUCCGUCACCUCCGGGAUCGCCACCACUGCCACCAGCACAGCCGCAGCAACAGCCUACCGUCCUCACACCUGUCGCUCCUUCAGCGGUUCAGCCAGCACCCGUCGAGCCUGCCUCAACUUCUCUUCCACAGCACGCUCCUCAAGAUCAGCCAUCUUCACUACCUCAAGCGACCCCGCAACCGCAACCCACUCCUCCUACUCAAGCCCCUCCUCAGCUUCAAACAUCCCCUCAGGGUCAAUCUGCCCUUCAGCUUCAGCCUGCGCCUAUGAGUUCGAAAAAGCGAAAGGCCUCCGAUGACAGCCUUGAACAAGCCACAUCUGAAUUGAGUGCUGAAAACCCCAAGAAGAGGAAGAAGCUGAAGGUUGAUCUACGCAAGGCAGCGCUACGCACAUCGGCCGAGCUGCGCACAGCAUCCGACUCUAUUGGGAAAGCUGCGCCAGAGAAGAGCAAAGGCAAAGAGGGCAUCCCAUAUAAAGACAUGACAGGCAGACCAGGGACAAGCAAGGGACCGAUCAGCAAAGAUGAGAUGCGAAGCCAAGGUGACGCACCAUGCAAAGGAGGUACACCAAAGAACGAGAGUACUUUAAGCAAGGCAGGGGCAUCGCUGAGUGCAGACGGUGAAGGCGCGUCACCAAAAGAAGACACAUGCAUACAAAGCAUAGAGACGGAGGCCACGCCCAAGAAAAGGACCACGCCGACGGUGAGGCCACUGAGCCCCAUGAGUACCCGAGUUUGGCAUCUUUUGCAUGGAGCUGUACGUCCGCUUGGCUGGCAUGACCCCAGCGAGUCGCCGCCUUCUGAUUGA